CAAAAUUUAAAACUAGACAGAAAGACACCUUCGCCAUCCAGUCAAGAUUGCGUUUGCAAUGUAAUGGCUAAAUUAGUUUAGGGUUUAAUCGCUAGGUGGCGCAAAAUUUUCUUUCCCAAAGUUAUCGAAGCAAAACAAACACAAAUGGGUAAUUUAACAUCAAAAAACAAAUAUAAGAAGUUUUUCCAGUUAUUAAUCCACUUAAGCUAAUUCCAAUUGCCAAUCCGGAUUAUUAUUUAUUGAUAUUUUGGUUGCCAUUUUUCCUAAUCAAAACACACGCUGUGAUUGGUCCGACAACUAGUCUCCUUGAAGGUUAUUGGUCGUACGUCAGUGGUUUGACACAUGUUCAUGUGACCUUCCCCAUCUUUCUAAGUUUCUUGGUUGCAAAGUGAGGUAUUUUUCGUGGUUUUUAUCGUUUUUUGGAAGCACUCGGCGCUCCAAAUUGUUUUGAAAAGUGUCCAAUAACGUUAAUAAACAAUAAUCGUCCGUUGCCACGCACUGUCAGUGCUGCGAAAGCGGACAAUUUGUGAUUUGAUUGUUGCAAACUCAUUAUGGUGUCCUAACCAACAAAAGUUGUAUUUUUAAACCAUCCACAUUAUUAAAUCUCAAGCUCAAGGCUUUAAUUUUCCAGGAAAAUUUUGAAUUGUGUGCGACUGUAUUUUCCAAGAGGCAAAUCACCUAGGAAGUCUUUGCCAAAAAUGUGGGGAAUUUAUAAGGAAUUUGGAGAAAUUUAUGGAGAAUUUGCAAGAAUUUGCAGGAAAUUUAGAAGAAUUUAUGGGGUACUUGGAGGAGUUUGUGAUGGGGUAUCUGGAGGAAUUUCUGGAGAAUUUGGAGGAAUUUGCAGGUAUUUUUAGGAAUUUUGCGUAAAAAAAUCCCUCGAAAAUUCGCCUUUGAGGAAUUGUUUGCCCAAAUUCUGGAGGAGUGCUUUACCUCUUGUUAAGAACAGACAAUAUCCGAGAAUAUACAGUUAACUGUUUUGAUGAACAUACUAUUCCAUAAACAAUAAUUAACUCUGAACUUGACGCCAAUUUCAAUAAAGUUGAAGGUGAACCUCAAUUCGACUGACUCAUCUGAGGCUAUUCAGGGGGAAACUGAUAAUGAUGUUGUGAUGGCAGACAAAGAACCAGAGGAGCUCAACUCUCUUAAAAAUUAUAUGAAAAGGGUAGCCUUUAAUAUUAAAGAUUAAGAUUACUAUGCUUAGGUAACAGACAUCAACAAUGGAAGGUUUUUAAAAAUACAUUUAAAAAAGAGAAAGUCAAAUACAGUAAGAAAGUUAACAUCGCAAUAGUACUGCAUACAGACAACAAGAAAAGCAAAGUGAAGUUUGUAAAAUUAAAUGUAUGCCAUUUUAGAUGGUCUGAAAAAAUAAAAUUGAUGAUCUAAUCCAUUUGAUUUAGAUCAUAAAGAUUUAAAUAUGUAGUAUGAAAGAAAAAUAUAAAAGUUUGAAGAAAUAGGGAAUACCCAAGGGGAAUACCUAUAUACUGCAAUAACUUGCAAUAGUUCACAUUAAUUACAAUGGUUUGCAAUAUCUAGAAUCAAUGGGCAAUAGGUUGCAAUAGUCCACAAUACUCUGCAAUACUUGAGUAUUGCACAAUAUAUGUACAAAAAAACUUCAGUGAAAUACCCCUCGAUGGAAAAACUCUAAUUAAUAAAUCCUGAAAGUUUCAAGUUGCUGUGAUGGGUCAAAGCUCAGAGGGUUCAAAAUAUUUUUUAGGGACCUUCAAAGGUGAUUUUACAAGGAUUUUCUUAGGUAUCAAUGAGUAAAAAAAAUCUUAACUUUGGUUGUGAGUUUUAUAUCAACUUCCAACUUGUUUUGUAUCAUGAAAACACUUUAAUCAAUAAAUCCUGAAAAUUUCAAGUUGCUGUGAUGGCUCAAAGUAUUUUUCAGGAUGAUUAUAUAACAAUUUUAUGAUUAUUAAUGAGUAAAAAAAUGCGUAACUUUGGUUGUGACUUUCAUAUCAACUUCCACUUUGAUUUGCACCAUGAAAAAAUUCUAAUUAAUAAAUCCUGAAAGUCUCAAGUUGCUGACAUUGCUCAAAGUAUUUUUCAGGAAUCUUCAUAUACCUACAUACCUACACAAUUUAAAUUCUGUUGAAUCAUUGGCCCUUUAGAUAGGUGGGUAAAACAAAAUAAUUGUUGGCUCUAAUUUUUCAACAACAACAACAACAUUAUGUUGGUUGCCAAUUUUCCAAUUCUCCCAGACAUUCAUUGCCAAGUUCAUUACUACAGGCAAAAAUGUUUUUAACCUUUCAAUGCUAUAAUCGACUUUUUGUAACACCUCUGGUCUGUAGUAUGAGCCGAAGACCUUGAAACCAACCAGGUAAAUUCUUGUGUUAAUUAAUUGCUCGAUGGCCAAUUAUUCACUCAGAUUUUUAUAUUAUUCAACUACUCAUUCAGAUUUGAUUUCACAACAAAAUAUCAGAUAACUUUUUACAAGAUAAGAUUAAUGUAGACAAUACGCAUUGUUUAGGAAUAAAAAAAUUUUUUUAGUAAUAAACAUAUUUUCUACUAGUCAACACACGUGGAAGUAAUUUCGAAUUGAAACUGUAAACAACUUGAUAGUAGUUUGCAACCUUACGAGCAACAUUAAACAAGUGAAUUUUUUCUAUUAAUAAAAAGUAAAAGUUUUAAAUUUUUUUUGCCAUUAUGAUGCAAACUAAUACUUUUGUACAUGAUUAUUUGAAUGCAAUAAUUAUGGGUGAUUAUCACAACUACAACCACAACAGCGAAAUCAGCAUAAAACAAGAACCUGAAUCGAAUAACAUAAUGAUUACAUCAGCCUCUGUCCCAAUUCCUGUAAGGAGAGAUCCUCCAGAAUACCGUGACUACAUUUUUGAAUUAGACAACUCCCAAAGCCCUUUAUAUGGUACAAUAGGUUUAACAUCAGAUCAAGCCUUAUCACCCACCAACCCAUACGGUACCUAUUGGGACAAUCACAUUUUGGGUGAAAAUGAGCUUAUGAAAUCUGAAGCCUUAAUCCACAUGGACGAAGAUGACAUUUUUCAAGUGGACGAAGCUGAUCUCAUACAAGGUCCCACUUUGGCUGAGCUCAAUGCCAAUGACGAAAAUCUUUUGGGCGAUUUAAAUUUCGACGAUUUGCUUUUACCCAGUGAUACUAGCUAUACUAUUUUGGAGAGUACUCAGGGUGGAUAUCCUCAUGCCACUAAUAAUAAUCAGAUGAUAAGUGCUUCAGCGUCUUGUCCGCAAGGUUUGAUGUUUUAUAAAGAAUUGGAACUUCCAUCAAAUUUGACUGCUGCAAACUAUGAUGUUAACUCUAGAACUCCGGUUUCUGCACUUUCUCCAAGCAGUCCGGCUAGUUCUAAUUCGUCUAUAGUCAACUCUCCGAUGCACGUGCAUAAUUUACAACCCAAACAGAGUACUCUACAUGAUUUGCUGAUGAGAAAAGAUAAAUUCGAAUCUUCACCAGACAGAUCAUUAUUAGGUCACUCUGUUCCAAAUCGUAACACGCCCCUCCACUGUCAAAAUGUGAAAAUGUAUCGAAAUCAAGCCUCUAGAUUGUCCUCUUCUGCUCCCACUCACCUAAAUUUGGAUCAGAUAUGGCAAAGGAGGGAGCCCAGAAAACAUUUAUUGUCGACCAGUUCAUUGGCCGAAUGCGGUUCAACUUCCUCCUUAUCAACCGGAGGAAUUUUGAGCCCUGAACUUCCAGACUACUCUCACGACGAAUAUGAAACCGAUGAAGACAGUGACGCCCACUAUGAAGAUUAUUCAUCUGACAUCAAUUCUGAUGAUGAUGACGAUACACCUAGAGCCUCCUCGUCAAAAAAAGAAAAAUUCUUUUGGCAAUACAACAUUCAAUCCAAAGGGCCCAAAGGGCAACGAUUGGUGAUGAAAUCGAAAAUGGAAGAUCCGCACGUGUUAAAUGAAGUCACUGACCCUGUGUUUAGUACCGAUUGUUCUGUGAGGGGCAUUAAACAUAGUGGUAAGUUGACCAUUAUCAGACACAGUGGUAAAGCGCGCAAAGGAGAUGGUAAUGAUUUAACUCCUAACCCGCGUAAACUUUACACUAUUGGCAAGGAACUUGACAAACUUGGCAGAACUAUUAACGAUAUGACACCAGUAAGCGAAUUACCAUUUAAUGUAAGACCAGAUUCAAGAAAAGAGAAAAACAAAUUGGCUUCAAGAGCCUGCAGACUGAAAAAGAAGGCCCAACAUGAAGCCAACAAAAUCAAAUUAAGUGGACUGGAACAAGAACACAGACGGUACAUAAACACUAUACAACAAAUCAAGCAUCUAAUUGCAAUGAAACUAAACAAACAGGACAGUCAAGAAGAUGUAUCUCAAACCAUUGACAAAAUCUCUAAAUCUUGUAUAAAAGGUAAAGUUGCAGGCCAUACCACAGAAUACGUCAACAAAGUUUUAGAUAAGCUAAAAGCUGGCAUCAGUGCUAACACGGCUUUGUCCUCUAGCUUUAUUGAUGACCUAUAGACUGAGGAUUGGAGAAAAAUUGAUUGAAUCUCUCUUAGGAAGCGUGUGUCUACAACUAGUCAUGUGUAGUGAAACAGGGAAAAAAAAAUUCUGCUGGGUUUUGUUAUUUACCUCCGUUUAUUACUGUUAAGUUCCUACAAGAAAAAAUUGAAAUGUUGCCUUGUUUGAGCCAUAUUAAUAAUAGUAAUAUCCAUAUUUUUGUACGCUCCUUGUAAGUAAGUUUUAGUGAGUUGAGUAUUAAGUUUAUAGAAUAUGAAAGUAGGGGAAAGGAGGAGGUGUAUUCUGUAAACUUUGGUUAUGUGUGAUAGUACAACAAAAAUCUUUCUACAAGUUACAUAUAAAUUAUAUUGCUUUUUUUGUCCAACUCUGUAAUUGUUACAGCAAAUGUAAUUCUUGUAUUUAGAGUAACAAUUUCUUUUGGAAUUUGCAUUUGCUGUUAUUUUUUUCAUGCAUAUAUUAUAAUAUAAAGUAGAAAGUAUUUUACUUGGCUCUUGUAUUACUGGCUAAUUAUUUAUUCUUGCCUUUUAAAUGUUUAAAUAUUUGAAAGGCAGUUUUAUAUUUGUACAAAUAACACUUGAAAACAGGUAAAAAAAAAAAAACUUCCUUCCAUUUAUUUCAUUAGAAUCCCAUAUACUAGUCUAGCAUAUAAAUUAUUUGUACAUAAUCCAAUAUUUAUGGUUUUCAUUUAUCAUUACUUUCCCAAUCUGAAAAAAAAAAAAACAAUAAGAAGGGUUACAAAAAUAUUGUGUUCAUAUUGUGAUAAAAAUCGUAACUAAUAGGUGAUGAACGGAGCUGGCCUCUUGCAGUUAAAAAUAUAAUUUUUAUUUUACGUUUAUUUGAAAGUAAGUGCGGUCGUACACCAAUGAAAUAUCAAUCAUGCAGUACUUACACGCUGCAUUUUACGUUUUUAUGCAGCAGAAGUUUAUCUGCGGUAUUUACUUCAUGUCGCAUGUUUGAUGUUUCAUUGGUGUAGGACCGCACUAAGUACGAUAUUAAAAUCAAAACUGUUUUUUUUUUACGCUCUCUCUAUAUUGGGCGGAUAAAUUCAUCUUUUUAAUGAAUUCAUAGGACGACGAACCGUUAAUCAAAAAAUAGUUUUGGUGAAAAACUGGCUGUGCGAACGAUAGUGAUAAGCUUUAUUUUUUUUUAGAUGUAAGGUUUGGUUAUGCCAAGUAAAAUACAUUAUUGAGAUUAAUUAUUAUGUAAUUACUCUGUAGAAUAGCUAGUUUAUAUUAACUAUAAUUGUAUGUAUUUAAAUUGCCUUAAACUCAUAAAUAUCUAGCUAUUUUUUCAGGAUACCUGGGAAAAACACUUUCCAUGUAAGUUGGGGAUUUUUUUUUUUCACGAGCGUAAGGAAAACAAAACGAAAAUAGAAUUUAUUAAAUAGAUUACAACUAUUCAGAAAUAACAAGUUAUUUGGUAUUUAUAUACAUCUUUCUAUGUAAAUAAGUGUGCUCAAAAGUGCCAUUUUCUGCACGCUAGUAGAAAAAUUAUAUUUCUGGCACAUUGUGUUUAAAUUUGAAAAAAAAAAAAAUGAUUUGUUUUUAUUUAGAUAUUAGGAGUUAAGUAAUUAUAUAUGUAUUGCAAUAGUUUUAUAUAGCAUAUCUAAAAGAAUUGAUUUUGGAUACACGAAGCUUUAGUUUAUUGUUACAUUUGUAGGUAUAUAUAUUUUGGUGUUUUAUAAAUAUAUUUUUUUAAGUUUUCUUCUUCAUGAAUAUUCUAUAGUUUAAUUUUGGUGUAAAUUCAAAUUAGACAAUGUUUUUUUAAAAAAAAUCAAAUUUUAUUUGGUUCUCUUUUAACAAAUUAUGUACAAAACGCGAGAAUAAAAAAAAUGUAAUAAAAAUCCUUUUUUAUUCGUAAUAAUUCAGGAACAGUCUUUAUGUAAUAACAAUGUGACAGGUCCGAGUUGAUGUCUGUCCGGCCUUGACCCACAAUAACCAAUAAUUAUUCAGACAGUGUUGAAAUUCUAUAAUUAAAUUUAUUCUUGGAAAGCUAUUCUAUAGACUUCCUCCACGUGACUGACAAAAUGCACUUCGAGCCCUUCCGUUAUAAAUGUGGGCAGAUCAUUGAAAUCCUUUUUAUUCUCUUCAGGUAGUAUUAUGCAUUUUACACCUGAUCUUUUAGCCUGAAAAUAAUUUACGAAAUCAAACAAUAUUAAUAAAAAUGUAAACAUCCACUAACCGCUAUCGUUUUUUCUUUAAUCCCUCCCACAGGUAAAACUUUUCCCAUCAAAGAAAUUUCUCCUGUCAUGGCCAAAUCUUGUCUGGUUGGUUUGUUUUUGGCCAAUGACAAAAGGGCAGUUACUAUUGUACAACCUGCACUAGGACCGUCUUUGGGUGUUGCUCCUUCAGGAACGUGCAGAUGGAGAUGACUGAAAAGUAUAAUUAAGAAAAUGUCUAUGAGCUAAAAAAAAAUUGGUUACCUAUUCAGCAGAAAUUUAUUAUUUGGAUCAUUUAAUGACAAAAAAUUUCUAGCCACUGUCAAGGCAAUUUUUGCAGACUCCUUCAUUACAUCCCCCAAAUGCCCAGUCAACUCCAUACUACCUUCAGAAUCUUUUUCAGUUGAAGGUAGCCUUCUUGUUGUUGUUUCUAUGUAUAAUGUAGAGCCACCUUCAAAAAAAAUUAAUCAAUAAUUACCAAUAUUGAUUUAAAAAAGAAUAAAAUAUUUUACCCAUAGCAGUCCAUGCUAAACCCAUAACAACCCCUGGAGGAGUAGUUGGAUACAUCCUAUCAUGAGUAAAUACAGGUUUACCAACAAACUCUUGUAAAUUAUUAGAACCCACAUCAAUAAAUUGAGUUUCAUCUUUUACUACUUUAUACGCCACUUUUCUCACUACUUUCUCUAUAUGUUUCUGCAAAUUCCUAACUCCACUCUCCCUACAAUAGCUCCUAAUAAGAAUCUUUAAAGCCUCAUCUUCCACUUUGAUGUGGUCAUCUUUUAAACCACUAUCUCUCAUAGCUUGCGGCAAUAAAUAUUGCUUGGCAAUGGCCAAUUUUUCUUCUGCCACAUAGCCAGACAUGUCAAUCAUUUCCAUACGAUCCCUUAAAGGUUCUGGAAUAGUGUCAACUACAUUGGCAGUGCAAAUAAAUAAGACUUUUGACAAAUCCACUGGCACAUCCAAGUAAUGGUCUAAAAAGUUGGCAUUUUGUUCUGGAUCUAAUAGUUCCAAAAGAGCUGAACUAGGAUCUCCUGAAUAACCCCUAAAAAUUAUAAAUAACAAUUUGUAUUAGAAAAAAAAAAAACAUCUACUUGCUUUCCAAUUUUAUCCACUUCAUCAAUCAAAACCAAAGGAUUUUCAGUUCUAGUUUUCUUAAAACAUUGAAUUACUUUGCCAGGCAUCGCACCCACAUAAGUACGUCGGUGGCCUUUGAUUUCAGCAACAUCUGUCAUGCCUCCCACUGAAAAUCUAAAAUACUCCC